CAAUGAAGAUUUGGAUAACAUUUCUCGAGGACACCAAUGACUGGUCGUGACAUAGGAUAUAGUAUGGAAUAGAUACAUGUCUACAGUAAUUCCUGAUCGAUAAACAUUGGUCAAGUUUACAAUCUAAUUAAUUACCAACACUGCUCUUGUAAUGGCUGGUACCACGUGACGUGACAUGAAGAGAUACCUCGAUGCCAAAUAUUAUAUAGGAUUAAUUACGUUUUAUAUUUAUUUGAAUUUGAGUGAUAGAUUGCAGUCAAAUAAAGACUAAGCUAUCAUAAACAACAAAACCGGAUGCAAACACAGACAGAAUUCAAUAUCAAUUGUAAAACAAAUGCUAAGCCAAGUGAGCUUAACUCAUUAUAAUGACUAUUAUUAUAGUAUUGUCUUAUACACGGUGUUAUAAUAUAACACCCGAAAACAAUAAAGCCUACAGCUGUGAGAACGUUAUCUAGCAUUCUUUAUGAAACAUAUUUUUUAUGAAACAAUUAGAAAUGAGAGUUCACUUGCUAUAAAAAUUGCAAAGAUGCAUAUUAAUAUUGUUUUAAUAUUGGGGAUUCUGAAAGAUGGGAAACUCAAAAUAGCAUCAUAAAUAUCAUACUUCAGAUUAUUCUGAAUUGCAUUGGAUUACAUGGUUUUAAUUAAAGGAUACAGAACAAUAUAGAACGCUAAUUGCAUGGAUAACAUUCCAGGUAAUGCGACGUUCGUGCAUAACGGUGCAGACAUGGAUAAACCGCCCAUAGGAAACCUCAGCGAUAUAGCCGAAGUUAUCAUUGACGGUGAAACUAGUUUGGAUGAUAAUAUGCCUAUCAAGACCGUUCUACCGUUACUGGGUCAAGUUGCGACAAAAAUGGAUCUAUAUUACAAACCUGUGAUCACGUUAAUAGGGCUGAUAUCCAAUGCAUUCAUGGUUAUUACAUUAAAUACCCCUGAACUGAGGACACUAUCGAUAGCUUCGUAUUACGUAGCACUUGGAGUCUCGGAUAUCAUUUACCUAGCCGCAUCCUUUCUUAUCUGGUUCCAUAAAGUCGGGGUAAAUGUUUUACAUGUCAAUGGUUUGUGUCAGGUAUUGAUGUAUUUGACAUACACGAGUAAUUUCAUCUCGACGUGGCUAUUGCUGAGUCCAGUCAUAGAAAGAGUGGCGCUACUGUGUAAUGUGAACUGUGAUGUUAAGAAACCGAGUGCCGUGAUAGGGUUCGUCAUUAGCCUCGCCGUGUUGUUCUACACGUACAUUCUCUGGACGCUCGGUGUCUAUAAAGGACCUAUGGGCACUGUGUGUGCACCAAAAGAACAAUACAGAGACCUUACAGAUACAUUAUUCAAGAUCGACUCUAUCGCCAAUUCAUUGAUUCCAGUUGUUAUCACAGUCCUGUGUGUCUCGAUACUCUUAUCGGCUACUUUUUCCCGGACGUAUAGACGCUAUAGUCGCCAUAGACGCUUAAGUCAUUGUCGACGGGAUGACAACCAAAAAGGAAGACCUGGCGUUUUACCUUUGAACACAGAAGAUCAAGAUUCUCAAUACAUGUUGAUAUUUGUUCUUGUAAUCACAAUAUCGUCAUACAUAUUGACGCUUCCAGCGGCCGUUGAGCGCCUCAAGUUCUUGUUCAGGGGUUCCGCUGGGCAAAAGGCAAUCACCAUUUAUGAUAUAUGGAGAAAUGCGAUUUUUAUAUGUAUUCAACUGACCAGUUUCAGUACGAAACUUCUAGUCUGUAUGUUUUUCAGUAAAUUAAGACGCAUUUUAUAUCAGAACAUUAGACGAUGUUUCAAAAGAGAGGACAAUGAUUUGGGACCAACUUCGACUGAAGAACUUGCUCGUAUCACAAUCCCGAACUUGCCAACACCAACUUAGCUCAGAUAUUUGUUUGCUUUGUACAUGUUAAUAAAAUUCUAAAUAAAAUGGAAUUAUAUUGUCCAUUGAUCAGCGAAUGUACGAGGGGUGAUCUAUAAGUAAUGGGCGCUUUUUUACACGGAUGUUUUUUAUGGACCUGUCUCUUUGAUUUUUUCACCAGUGAUACAUCAUUCAGUUAUCUAUCAACUCUGAAGAUUCGAAGACCAAAUAUGUAAUGCGU